AUAUUAUUUUUCGAAUUCCUUUUUCAUCUUUUGUCAUACUUCUGCGGAACGCCUCGGUGGGAAGACGUACACUUUCUGCCGGUUGCAAGAUAAAAAGCUUUCAAUAGCUCAUAUUAUUUUUAAAAUUAGAAAUAGGCUGUGUUUUAAAAAUUAUAUCCUUAAAUAUAAUAUGAAAUACACUCCAUUGCAUCAACGCAAUAUAUAGACGUAGCUUUAAGGCAGAUUGUAUAGUCGAGUAAUAAGAUUUAUUUAGUGAAAUCUAAUAAUAUUGAAUAAUUGUUAAUGUGGUUAAUGCAUUAAUAACGAACUCAUUGAACUAUGAAUUUGUGGUUUCCUUUGUGAUAAAAGUUAUUUGGAACAAUGAGCCGCCAUUUUGUAUCGCAAGCAAGGCGUGGCACUUUUUAGUGCAACAUCUCGGCCACGUCUGAAAACUAUUACGCAGUCUUUAGAAGAUGCCUCGCAUGGAGCCAUUACGAUUGCUGAACUGUUUAAGCCUUCUCCUUUCACCAAGCGGUGGCAUCAAAUGCAGGGAUGUUAUUUAUACACUUGUUGAAUUAAUGAGAAAGUAUUCAAAAAAGCUAGUAUCAAAAUGUAUCUAUAUACAGAUUCUCAAAUGUACUGACCUAGAGCUAUUGACUUUAUUCAUGGGUUGUGGUGGAUGGAGAUUAGUACACAUGUGGCUGACAGAGAGCAUUGUUGCAAAAAAUUGGCCAUUAGUACGUGAACUGUUAGAAUUACUUUUACUUUGUCCUGUAGACAUAGAACGACUGAAAACAAAUAACAAUCCAAAACUCAUAAAAGAACUAUCUAAAGAUGGAAAUCAUUUUGAUAUUAGAGUGUUAGCUUCAAAGUUAGUGGAACAGUGGUUAAAAAUAGUAAAAGGGGAGCAAAUUACACCAAUCUCAAUAACAGAUAUACCUGGAAUUAUUUCUAAUGCACAGCAGGAAGUUAGUAAAACAGAAAUUUUCGAGACUGAGGUAAAGUGUGAUAUAGUACAAGAUGAUACUGUUGUAGAUAAAAAUAUAGAGAACAUAAAACCUCCUGAGGAAGAUAUUCCUUCUGAACCUCCUGACAAUUCUGAAAAUCAUUUACAAGUAAAAGAUGAAAUACCAGAGAGAGAAAAAGAAGCAAUUCCAAUACUUAAAUUAAGUUUAAAGAAUGGUAAACAGAUAAUUUCACAAGUCCAUGCUAACAAUAGUCAAAAGGAAGAUUCACCUGUUAAAGAAAAAUCAAAAGAGAGGACAAAAAGCAAAGACAAUGAUAAAUUAGAUAGAAGGAGUAGUAGUAGUAGUAGUUCUUCCAGGUCAAAACAUUCAAGUAAAUCAUCUUCGUCAUCGUCACAUGAUAAGCACAAACAUAAAUCUAGCAGACAUAGUGAUAGUAAAGAAAAAUCUAGAGACAAAGAAAGAGAUAGAGACAAAAGUAGGCAUUCAUCUGAUAGUUCUAAGUCUAAACAUAGUAGCAGCAGCAGUUCAAAAAAAUCCAGUUCUUCCAGCAGUAGGUCAAAGGAUGACAAAUCUAGUAAACAGUCAAGUGAUAAAGUCAAGGAAGAGAAGGAUAAAAUAAAGGAGGAGAAAUCGAAAUCUGAGAAAACUGUUCCUUCCAUUCAUAAGUUAGGAAAGAUUCCAAAGUUAAGUGAAGUUAAAAAAGAUAAGCCUUCAAUAUCUAUAGAGGUUAGGAAACCUGAUGAGCCUAAGCCUAAAACUGUUAAAAUGUUUAAUUCAAAAUUCAGGACACAUGGCUUAGAAGAGGAAAUUAAACCUCCACCAUCAAGGGCCACAAUUUUGAGCAAUAAAAAACCUCCUCCAGCUUUACCACCUACAGUUUCAAUACCGAAACGACCAUCUCCUGUUCAUAAUGAAACACCACCUGAAAAGAAAGCUAAAACAUUGGAUAUUUCAAAGAUAGAGGAUAAGCCAGGAGCUAUUAAACUAAUUCCGCCUAAACCAAAACCCAUGGUUUUACAAGAGAGUGAUAUGUUCAUGGAUGCUUUGAAUGCUUCUGCAACAAACAAAAAAGAACCAAAGAAAAGAAAACGACGCACAAGCGGAUCUAAGGAUGGUAAUGCAAAUGAUGGAUCACCUCCCCACACACCAACCAUAACGAGUCCAAGCAGUGAGAGCAAGUCUGUACCCCCUAAGUUUUAUCAAGAUACCUUGGAUAAUGAAGAUAAGGCGAAGGAAAAAACACCGGAAGACACUGAAAGCUCUACAGUUCCAAGUAGUGAUAGUAAAAUGGAGACUGAUGAACCACAUACGUUAACAGUAAAUGGCUUGAAAGGUGUCCUUUGUUAUCACAAAAGAAAAGGUCCCAAAAAGAGCAUCAAAUGGAAACCAGAAUCGGAGUUGGAAGAGGUGCAGUACUUUGAACUAGAUGAAACAGAAAGGGUAAAUGUCACAAAAACUUUUACGGAUAUGAAAUACUUGGACAGAAUACAUGAAAGAGAAGCAUUCGAAAAGGCAAGAAAUCUCAUAAACGACGACGUUAUGGAAGAGAAAACUAGCUGGAAACCUUUAGUUUUAAUAAAUGUUGAAGGACAAACUCCAGUUGAGUAUGGCAAAAAUAGCAAAGAAAAAGAUAUACAAGCAUUAAGGGAAAAGGUAACAUUACAGCCAUUAUACUUCUAUAAGUCAAUGAUUCCUGAUUCACCUCUUGAGCCUGAUCCGGAAACGCACACAUACUCGGAGCCAACAAUAAUACCCUUGGAGGAUGUUACAGGUAAUCAGGAUAAUGUAGGUGAUUUUAGAAACAUGCCAUGGCCAGAGCCAAAAGGUAAUGCUCCUCCAAAUACGGCAAUUAAUAAUACAAAUGUCGCUCCACUAUUCCCAACGAAUAUACCACAGUUCCCAAAUGGCUUUCCAGGCCCACAAUUUCCAGGGAUGGCUAGUUUCGCAGGACCCCCAAUGAUGCCCGGUGAUUGGCCAAAUGGAGUGCCACCCAUGAUGCCAAACGGUAUGGCUGGACAAAUGCCGACCCCGGGUAUGCCACCGGGACCAAUGCCACCCGGUAACUUACCACCGGGUAUGAUGGUACCCCCAGAUAAUAUGAUGAUGGGUCCAGAUAUGUUUGGAGCACCAAACCCUAUGUUCCCUGUUGGCCCUGAUGGAUUUAAUAUUCAACAAAAUAUGUUUCCAGUUGAUUUUAAUAUGGGUGGACCUCAGGGUCCUCCUGGGCCCGAUGGUUUUAACGGUCCAAACAAUUUCCGUGGGGCUAUGCGGGGUCGUGGCUCAGGUGGUUGGCGAGGAAAGGCGGCGACUGGCAACUGGGAUAUGUCGCAAAGAGGUCGUGGUGGUCGUGGGGGUGGACGUAAAACUGUUUGUAUUUACUUUCAAAGAAAAGGCUCAUGUCGACAAGGUGACAAUUGUACUUUUUUGCAUCCAGGAGUGAAUUGUCCUUUUUAAGUUGUACAAAUAACCAUAGAAUUUGUUUUUGUAAAUAAGAGCUAGUUGUA